GCAGUGACCAAUGAGGGGGCGUGGCUUUAAACACUAUAAAAACACCGCUAACCUUUACUCUUCCCCACUCACACACGGAGUCGCAAGACAGACUGAGGUGUCUCACAAACGAGGACUAGAACAUCCCAGGCAAAAUGGUCAAAGUUGGUAUCAAUGGAUUCGGCCGCAUCGGUCGUCUGGUGACCCGCGCUGCUUUCACCUCCAAGAAGGUGGAGAUUGUGGCCAUCAAUGACCCUUUCAUCGACCUGGAGUACAUGGUCUACAUGUUCAAGUAUGACUCCACCCACGGCCGCUUUAAGGGUGAGGUCAAGGUUGAGGGUGACAAGCUGGUCAUCGAUGGACAUAAAAUCACCGUUUUCCACGAGAGGGACCCUGCCAACAUCAAAUGGGGUGAGGCUGGUGCCCAGUAUGUGGUUGAGUCCACUGGUGUGUUCACCACCAUUGAGAAGGCCUCUGCUCACUUGAAGGGUGGUGCCAAGAGAGUCAUCAUCUCUGCACCCAGCGCUGACGCCCCCAUGUUUGUCAUGGGUGUCAACCAUGAGAAAUACGACAAAUCCCUCCCAGUUGUCAGCAAUGCUUCCUGCACAACAAACUGCCUGGCCCCCCUGGCCAAGGUCAUCCAUGACAACUUUGGAAUCAUUGAGGGCCUGAUGAGCACAGUUCAUGCCAUCACCGCCACCCAGAAGACUGUGGACGGUCCCUCAGGCAAGCUGUGGAGGGACGGCCGUGGUGCCAGCCAGAACAUCAUCCCCGCUUCCACUGGUGCUGCCAAAGCUGUCGGCAAGGUCAUCCCUGAGCUCAACGGCAAGCUGACCGGCAUGGCCUUCCGUGUCCCCACCCCCAAUGUGUCAGUGGUUGACCUGACAGUGCGUCUGGAGAAACCCGCCAAAUACGACGACAUCAAGAAGGUUGUGAAGGCCGCAGCUGAUGGACCCAUGAAGGGCAUUCUGGGAUACACUGAGCACCAGGUCGUCUCCACAGACUUUAACGGUGACUGUCACUCCUCCAUCUUUGAUGCUGGUGCUGGCAUCGCCCUCAACGACCACUUUGUCAAGCUGGUCUCAUGGUACGACAACGAGUUCGCAUACAGCAACCGUGUCUGCGACCUGAUGGCCCACAUGGCUGCCAAGGAGUAAACGACCAGCCAGCCGAUAAUCAUUGCACUAUGCCACAUCACCCACAUUCUCCUGAUACCAGAGUUAUACAUUUAACAAUAAGACAUUGUAUUCUCUGACUCUGCCUGGUCCCAUCAGAUAGUCGACCCCUGUUAGAUGCCUGAGGAAAAGUUCCACAGAGAGCAAACUAAUUUAAAUUAGUGACCAAUUACUUUUUUGUAUUUGUUAAAUUCCCAGUUCUGUUCUUGUGAGAUGGAGUGAAGGUGUGAGAGUCAGUCUGUAGUACUGAAGUACUGCAGUCGUCACUGGUGGAAUAAAGUCCUGUUUGUGAGAUUAA